UUUGACAUUUAAUUGUGUUUAGUUGUCCCAUGAUCCAAACGUAAUUUACAUCGUAAUUUAUAAUUUUAUAUUAUUCGUCGAACACACAUUGAACCUUAUACCUCAACGAAAGUGUUGUUUUAUGGUUAUUUUUGUGUAAAGCGAUAAUAAGUAAAUUAUGGCUACCAAUUUUCCUCCAAAUACUUCAAACGUGCAAUCUAGUGCUCCAAACGAUCUUCCACCGCCUUAUUCUGCUGUCGUAGGUAAUCCUCAAUAUGGAUUUGUUGCGCCUUCGAAUGAACCUUUUCCUGCUGCUGGUGGAGCUUAUCCUCAACCAAAACAAUUUACUCCAGUAGGAGUUUAUCCCCAUCCAACGGUUAUUACCUCUGCUCAGCCUCAAACAGGAAAUGUUCCUCCUCCGCCUCCUGGUUUGUCUGUCCCGAUCGGUGUAGUGAUGCCUCCGGCAGUCGGUAGUGAACCAAUGACUGUAACAUGCUAUAACUGUGGGAAAGUUGUAACUACAAGGGUGACUUACACAACCGCUUGGCACACUCACCUUGUUGCUGGAUCAAUUUGUGUAACUACAAUGGUUUGUUCAUUGUGCUGCCUUGGUCUCAUACCUUACUGCUUUGAUUCAUUCAAGGAUGCAGAACACUACUGUCCUAACUGCAAUACUUUUAUUGGCAAAAGUAACAAAUGUUAGUGAGUCUAAAUAUGUAGAACAUAUGAUAUGGGUAUAUUCCUCAGUGUUCGAGAUUGCAACUGUAAUAACAUUAUAUGCAUUUGCACAGUAUUUGUUUACUUUAUAAUAUUUAAUAUGUAUUUUUAAAUACAAAAUGAAAUUUAAAAAACACUGAGGGAUUCAAAUUUUCCAGUUACCUUUUUGAACUACUGAACACUUGCUGUAAAUAUAAAAAGGAAAAUAUUUAUUGUACAAAGGGUUUUAGAAACAUUAAAUGUCAUACAUUUUAAAUAAUAUAUUUGGCACAUGUCAAUUACUGCCAUGCUGUUAUUGGUGCCAUUUUUCAUAAUGCUGCAAUUAAUAGUAGUACAAUCAUCAAGUUUUGUGCCUAAAAAAAAUUAUAAUGAUGUAUAUUUAUUUAUGUUAUAAAAAUAUUUCAAGUAGUAGCGGUUGUAGAUAUUUGGUUUCUAAUGUGCUUUUAUAUUUAAUUUAAAGUUAAGAUAGUUGAAUAAGAUGCUAUUUUUGUACUGUGCAAAAAUGUAGUUUUUGUACUAGCAGAUAUGUAAUUUAAAAUGAAUUUAUCUUAUUUGUCUUCCUUUUUAGUUUUGAAAAUACCAAAACUUAAAAACUGUAACAAUAUCCUAAUUUCUUUUAAAACAAAAACUGCAUGUAAUGAUUUUUUUAUUUCUUAUAAAAUAAACUGUGAUAUUGUUCCAUAAACUUUGUACAAUACUAACAAAAUAUUUUUACUAAAUUUUACAUAUGGUUAUAUUUAUUUGUUCUUCAAAACCACUUUUUUAUUACAUUUCGGUGAUGAUGUUUAGUUUUAGCUAGUGACUGUGUAGAAAAAAUUAAAUCCGUUACAUACUAAUAAACCGUAUGUGGUUGAAUUUUCUUUAAUCUGCAUUUCUACUACAAAAAAAUAAUUGACCAAACUUAAGACAAGUCACUAUGUAAUGAUUCAAAACAAUAGGUAUAAUUGACCUAUUGCUUUAUUUUCAUUUUGUCAUAUUUACUGUGUCAUGAUCCAUAUAUGUUAAUUUUUUGAUAAAUUUGUAUCUUAUAGGAAAAAUAUAAAUGUUGCAAUAAA